GUGCAUUGUACUGUUCACUGUGCACAGUUCACUUGCAUGUAUUUCCAUCCUUUUAGCUUUGUGCUAUGUUUAUAUAUCAUGUCACUUUAUAACCUAGCUUAUUUUGCACAAAAAAAGCAUACAGUCACUGAUAUUCUUUGGUAUGCCACAGCCAUGUGGCUACGCUUGAUUUCUGCUGCAGGUUUUUUUUUUUAGCUCCACGUUUUGUCACCACGAGUAGCAGGAAUAAUGGUUGCUUCUGUGUCAAACUGAGAAAGAGAGAGAGAGAGAGAGAGAGAGAGAGAGCAAGGUCUUUGAUAACAGCGUACAGUGUCACAUUUUGCUGCUAAAGCAGAUCUCAGCGACAUUAAAAGUCAUCAUAAAGGACAAGUCUCAAUAACACCAAAAAGAAGAUGGCAGCAGCUGAAGGUGCUCCGGCAGUUCAGUGGCCUGCCAAGCGGACACGCAGGAGAAGCCUUAUAGAACCGCCUACUAUGAGUACAUCGUUGAGGAUUAUCAUGUUUGGAAGCUCUGGUCAUCAGCAGCUCUUUCUCACCGAGUCGAUCCUGCAGCGAGCGGUGUUUACCGGCGCUGAUCCUCACACUAUACUGACCACUAAAACUUCAGGAGAGAUCCCUGAGAAAAAAGUGACUCUGGUCAACACCCCAAAUCUCGUCGAUCACGAUUUAUUUCACUAUACGUUAAAAAAAGAGCUGAAGAAGGCGGUUUGUUUUUCCUGUCCAGGGCCACAUGCUGUCCUGUUCACACUAAAUCCAUCAGAAAUACCCUCAAAUGUGUACGACAUUUAUAAACCGUUAGUGCGCUACUUUGGAGAUCAAAUCUUGAAAUACACAAUGAUUGUUUUAUACCAUGAAGAAGAGGAGUUGAGCGAGUCAGAAGACAGUAUGAAGGAAAAUAAGCAGUUCAAGAAGCUUCUUGAGGACUGUGGCCAAAGAUAUCUGGUCUUCAGUGGAAUGAAGAACAGGAGUGAGGGUGAAAUGACAAGGCAGCUGUUUGAGGAAAUAGAAAAGAUGGUGGCAGAACAUGGGAUUUUUUCUAAUUCGGAAUUUGAAGAUGCUGAUAAACGAAUCAGGAAAGAGGAAAAAAUCCUCCAAGAUCACAGAAAGAAGGAGGUCAGUACAAUGCUGGAGGAACUGAAGAAGAAGCAUUCUCAGGAAGAUCUGGGAAGAGAAACUGAGCGUUAUGAAGAAAAGAUCAGGUUAGAGAACAGGGAAAAGGCAGAGAUGCAGAUCGCAGAGUGACAUAAGUAAGCAAUGUGAAAUUCUGUGUUUUUCUAGGUCAGAACACUAUGUGGCAUAGAAACAGCAUGAACGAAGUACCUCUUUUCAGUUAGCUAACUAUCAGUUCGUCAACUAAAUCUGUUCUCCAGUGAGUACUAUAGAUAAACCAUUGAGGAUUGGAAGCUGUGGCUAUCAGGAGAUUUCUGUCACAGAGUCAAACCUGCAAAGUGCGGUCUUUAACAGUGCUGAUCCUCACACUAUAGUAACUAGUAAAACUUCUGAAGUCUGCUCUCUGCACUUUCAGAAGGUGAAACUCAGUAUAUAAUUUUGGAAAAUCUGAGAAAGACGGAGGUACCUACACUAUUAGAGGAACUGGAAAACAAGUAUUCUCCAUGAGAUGUGGAAAAAGAAAUGAACCGUUAUAAAGAAACCAUCUAUUUACAGAAAAAGGAAAGGGCAGAGGUGCAGACUGCAGGUAGACUUCUCAUUAUGAGUGUAUAUGAUUCAUUCUGAGACUUCAGAGCAGUUUCAGAGAUUUUGGAGCAGUAUGUUCUGCAGUGGCUAAUCCAUCAGUAGCUGUUAUUGGGGCAUUAGAUGCAAAUUGAGUUCAUUUGAAACUCACAAUUUUCUUCUUUUGCACUAAUAAAAGUAAUAUAUGAGCAAUAUAAGCAAUGAGCAAUCUGCAUUCACAUAGUAGGUAAAAGUGGCCCAAAACUGAUUUUCUUUUCUUUCUUUUUAUACUAUCUUCUGUUUCCCAACUGUUUAGUUAAUUCUAUUUUUAGUAUAAUUUUAUUUAAAAUUUAAAAUUUUAAUUUUGUAUAUUAUUUAUAUUUUAUGCUUAUUUUAUUCUCUUUUACUUUUAUUCUUUUUGAUUCUUUGAAUGAGAUUUGUGUUUUUUCUUAUGGCACAGAAAUGUUUGAUAAAUGAUUAUUAUAUUGAAUGUUGUGAACUGCAGUUCGUUCCUGUUAUUACUGAUGUUAUUAAAGCUAUAAACAGCUUCUUUUUUCUCUUUGUUGUGAAUGAGCUGUGCAAACAAAUGUUAAUGUGAAAUGAUUUCCUUUAUUCUAUUUUGUUAAAUAAAAAUACAAAGUUUUUUUUAAUACUUUUUGGUGUAUUCUCAGCACUAGAAAUACUAGUAUGUUAAUUGACCGUUUUGCUCAAGUCCAGUCUCGGAGAUACUCUCUGAUUCCACCCUCAAAGAAAUAGGAUCGAAAAGUUACCAAGAGCAUGAAGUAGACAAGAUACAGACAAGCAGCAAGACAGAUGAGAGAAUGAGAGAUGAGAGAACAAUAAGAGAAGAGAGGCUGUAAAAAAUAAAUAAACAAAGGAUAAUACAUACAGUAGUUAAAGUAUAAACGAAGAAUGAAAUAAGAGGUACAAGUGUAAUACAAAUUAUUGUAAAAUGAUGAUAAUAAUAAUAAAAAAGGAUUACGACACUGCUUCACACACAAGCUGUAAAAGAGCUAAUAAUGCAUGGCAUACCUGUGUGAGAGAAAAUGUCAUGAAUUUAAUGAACUUUUUUAGUAGCAAGACUCUGAAAUGAUGGGAGUCAGAAAAAAGAUUGAAUGACAUUUUCUAAAGUUACAUACUCUGUGUUAAUUUGUGUUUAUUAUUAAACAAUAUUACAUAAACAUGCCCUUACAAAACGUGU